AUGACCACGUUGGACCAUGAACCGGAAAACCAGCCAGAGACAGGCCUUAUAGCCGCCCUAAAUAGUAGCAGCACAACAGCACCGGGGAUCGGAGAUUUACGAAAUGAGGCUCUGCGGCGGAAAGAACGUCUCAUUCAAAUGAGGAAGCAGGCUAGGGGUGAGACGGAGACACCCUCUACAGACUCCACUGAGUCGGGCGAUUUGCCGAAGCCCAUUUUUAGAAACUAUCGGCCUGUGUCCGAGGACCUGAAACCAGGACAAUUACCGGAUUCAAGCAUGGUUAACUGUGAGUAG